GACGGAAUCUCGAUCGUCAAUCCUGACGACAACGUCGCGGGCGCGCAAAAGAAACCCAUUCGCGAAUCAUCGUUCGCAAUGAACGACGACGCCCUUGGUAAACCACCCGUUGCGUGGAUGACGAAAAGCGCGGGCGCGCGCGCGCCCGACCGCCUUCAACCCCUAUCUCGGCGCAAUCUUUCCUCGAAUUAACACGCGAACCGUCGAGGGAGAAGGUUGCGAGAACUCCGAAGAUGUGAUAAAACUCGCUUUUUUCCUGCGCCGUUCGAGAGAGACGACGAGGAAGUCGACACUUAUAAAUCAUCUCCGGGGGAUGAUCGGAAGAUUUAUGAGAUCGGACAUUCGUGCGCGCUCGGGAUGUUCUCGCUCGGAUAGAAUUUUCGGAGGAGGAUCCCGCGAUCGCGGGAGGAGGAGAACAAGCGCUCCUCGUGCGGAGGAUCGUCGUUCCUGCGAAGUGUGUCGUUCGCGCGACGAAACGCGCGGAUAUCUCGCAACCUCGGAGUCGGAUGCUGCGAACCGUGUGCACUGUGCAUUGAUCGGCUUUCGUCUACUUCCCGGGACGGGAAAAGAGAUUCUGCGCGAUUAUACAUACGAUAUAUUUAUAUGAAUACACGACGAGAGGGACGCGUCGAUAAAUCUCGCGCUAGACAGCGCGUAAAAACCGCUUGAUUUGAGAAACAAUUCAAUUCAACACGGAGAGACGCGCGCGGUGUGCGUUACGAUUGUUAGGUGAGCCCACGAACUGUGCUGCUGAUGUAAAGCGCGUCACAUAUCGAUCCUCCUCCGGUGUUUAUUUUUACGAGACGGAGAAACAUUGAGAUUUUAUUUUUAAAGUUGUGGAAAAAAAAAACAAAAAAAUCGCGUUGACGAGAGAAACGCGCGGUUUUUAUGCAUUAGUUCGUAUAAUCGUAAUUUGUACAGAAAAUUGUACGGGAAAUUAGAGAGGGCUGUGAGAGAGAUCGAUCUUGAGCGGAAACUUGACUCACGCGAGAAAAAAAGAAAAAAAUUGCGCGAGAACACGCUCUCUCGCAAGAUAUAUCGCGCGCACAAACGCGGCAUUUUGUGUUGCGAUAAAAAAAAAAAAAAUGCUCGGUUUGCACACCGCGGACGAAAAGAGUGACAAAAAGCAAGUGGUAUGGCGCGUGAUGUGUUCGAAGAAAUUCGUAAAUUUCUCGCGCGAGACCUCGGGCGAGGACAAUUAGAUAUCUCCCGGUUUGCUGCGACGAUUGUUUUUUUUCUUUUCGAUUAACUGUGCGGAGAAACGUUUGGCAUUUCUCGAGUGGAUAUGGUAACUAUGAACUCCGAAAAAUCGGCUUGUCGCCGAAAGCCAGUGGAGAAGGUCGGCAGCAGCGGCAGCAGCAGCAAGAAGGGAUCCGAGCACGUCGAGGAUGCGGAGAAAAAGGACGAGGAGUGUCGCAACGAGUCGCCGGAUUUGUCUCCCAACACUCCCACGUGUAACAUCACUGCCUCUUGCGCCGAAGACACCCCCAAUUAUCUUGUCUACAAAAAGAUGGAGUCGAUUGUGGAAAAGAUGUUGGACGAGUUCACUGGCGUUCCCGUGAAAACGGUCAAGACCCUCAUGACAAAAACGCCGUCUGUUUUUACGGGUACGGAUCUUAUAGCGUGGAUGAUGAAGAGUCUGGACAUAGACGAUCAGGAGGCUCUUCAUGUGGCUCAUCUUAUGGCAGCCCAUGGGUAUUUUUUUCCUAUCGACGACCACUGCCUUACCGUAAAGAAUGACAACACGUUCUAUAGGUUUCAAACGCCCUAUUUCUGGCCAUCCAACUGUUGGGAACCCGAGAACACCGAUUAUGCUGUCUAUUUAUGCAAAAGGACGAUGCAGAACAAAACGCGAUUGGAAUUGGCAGACUACGAGGCGGAGAACUUGGCUAGAUUGCAAAAGAUGUUUUCUCGAAAAUGGGAAUUUAUUUUCAUGCAGGCGGAAGCGCAGAGCAAAGUCGACAAGAAGAGAGACAAGUUGGAGAGAAAGGUUCUGGACAGUCAGGAGAGAGCCUUCUGGGAUGUGCAUCGGCCAAUGCCCGGAUGCGUGAAUACCACGGAGAUGGAUAUAAAAAAAGCUUGUCGUAGUUAUAAGUCCGUUACACAACCAAGUAAGCAUGUGCAUCUGGGAGUCGCAGGUGGCAGAAUAUCGCCGUCCGCGGAAGCGAACGCGAACUCAUCGAUAGAAUUUUUGCAGAAGGAGAUCGAGAUCCUGAAGGACAGACUCGACAAGCCCGUCAUCAAAGUGUCAAAAGUGGCCGAGGCAUUAAUCGGAUAUUUCGAGCAGUACAUGGAGUACGACCCUUUCUUCACGCAACCCGAGUUAACGAACCCGUGGGUGUCCGAUAGUCCGGAAAUGUGGGAGCAAGAAAAAUUAGCGAAGGAAAUACCGACGAGAAGAGUAAAGAGAUGGGCGUUCAGUCUUCAGGAGCUUCUGCAAGAUCCUGUCGGUAGAGAACAAUUCGUACGAUUUUUAGAGAAGGAAUUUAGCACCGAAAAUCUCAAAUUUUGGGAAACCGUUCAGGAAUUGAAAACUUUACCGCAGAAAGACGUUCAGAAGAAAGUCGAGGAGAUCUGGCACGAGUUCUUAGACACGGAUGCCAGUUGCCCGGUGAACGUCGACUCGCGGUCCUACGAGAUUACCAAAAGAAAUCUCGAAAAACCAGACCGGUGGUGCUUCGACGUUGCCGCAGCGCACGUGUAUCACCUGAUGAAGAGCGACAGUUACUCGAGAUAUCUGCGCUCAGAAAUGUAUAAGGACUAUCUCAAUGGAUCUAAAAAGAAGACGUCUGUAAAAGGAAUUCGUUCGAUCGUUUCUUUCACAGGACGAAGGGACACAGCAACCUCGUAACUUGCCAAUUUCUAACAUCUGCGAUAAUCAUGCGUUUCUACUUGCUAUUCUCUUUUCUCUCACAUUUUUUCCAUGCAUAAUAUUUUAAAGAUACACACAAAAAACUCAGAGAAAUCAGAGAAUCUUCAGAGGAAUUAAAAAAAAAAAAAAGGUGCUUUUUCAUCUUCAUCCUACACGGCAACAAAUGUACAAGUAAAUAUUUUAUAUUGGUAAGAAACAAAAAAGAUAUUCCAUUUUAAUAUCGCUUAAAAAAAUUUACACGAACAAUCGCUUCCAAGUCACAGUUGGUUCAUGAAAAAUCAUUCGAGGAACCAUACUUGCUAUAUCUCUUACCAUUCGUUAAUUAACAUUUUACAUCUAAAGUGAUGUUAGAUAUUUUAUCUCUACAAUUACUGCAGUUUUUAUUGCCAAACUUUUAUAUUACAUAUUUUUCUUACAUGUUUUAUUCGAAGAACGAUUAUCGGAAACGUUGAAAAACUUAAAAAGCUGCCGAAAAGCGACACUAAUUAUUUUCUUUUUUUUUUCUGUUAGAAGAAAAGAUAAUAAUUUUUGAGCUUCGAUACUGCUCUGUGCUUCGUUAAAACAACAUAUUCUAUAUACAUUACGAUAUGUGGUUUUGAGCAUAUUGAGUAUAAGUAUAAAAAUAAUGUAAAUAUAAAACAUUCUUUUAACUCGCGUGAGUGAUGAAUCAGAUAAGUAUAUUAAACUAUAAUUACAAUAGCGAAUUGAAGGAAUAAAAAAUAGUAGAGUACAUGUGAAAUUGUACGGAGGCAAAUUAUUAAUUGCAAAAUCUCGUAUCGGUGAAGGUCGAGAAGUGACGCAAGAGAAUUGAAAACUAAAAAAAAAAAAAAAAAAUCGACGACAC